CUUGCCAUAUUUGAACGCGCCAUGAGCGACAUCCGAAGCUUCUUCGCAAAAAGGCCAUCGACCAAGCGUAGUGCACCGAGUGCCGAUGACGAUGCAGUGCCGCCAAAGAAAGCCAAGGACACUGUGCCGAAUAAAGACGCAGUGACAGCGCCGGUGGUUGCAGACACGCCGUCAGCCAAGUUGUCGUCGCUGCUCACUGAACCAAAAUGGACCGCGCUGCUUGCACCUGAGUUCAAGAUGGCAUACUUCAGACGACUGGAAACCUUUCUUGCCCAGGAGCAGAAGAAAAAGGCGGCGAUCUUUCCCCCUCGAGAAGAAAUCUUUGCAGCCCUCAACCUGUGUCCGUUCGACAAGAUCAAGGUCGUGAUCAUCGGGCAAGACCCAUACCAUGGUCCUGGACAGGCGCACGGGCUUUGCUUCUCAGUUGCGCGAGGUGUCCCGCCGCCUCCGAGUCUGAAAAACAUCUACAAGGAAGCCAACAGCGACAUUGGAAUCCCAAUCCCCAAGCAUGGGAGCUUGCUGUCAUGGUGCAACCAAGGUGUGCUCAUGCUCAAUGCCGUACUUACUGUCCGCGCGACCGAAGCGAAUUCGCACAAGAAACAAGGCUGGGAAACCUUCACGGACGCCGUCAUUCGACUCAUCAACGACCAAAGCCAGAACGUUGUAUUCCUUCUGUGGGGCAAGCCAGCGCAAGAAAAAGGCGCAUUGAUUUCUCGCACCAAGCACUGUGUCCUCACGAGUUCCCAUCCUUCGCCCCUGGGUGCUACCAAGACAACCGAACCAUUCAUCGGGUCCAAGUGCUUCUCCAAAGCCAACGCAUACUUGGUCCAGCACGGCAAGGACGAAAUCGACUGGACUUUGUAAUGUAUGAAUCAUCUUUGAAUCCGCUUCGGGACUGUGUGCUGCCGAUCCCAUGGACACUGAACCGUCGACGAGUCGGAGGACGUGUGGCGUACCAGUUUGGACCAGCACUUGUCGCACACACUAUGAAGACACGGCUGCAACACU